AUGGGCGAUCUGAAUGCUAAAGUAGGAGAGGACAACACCAACUAUGAGAGAACGAUGGGACAACAUGGUACAGACCUGGAAGAAACCACCCCCAAUACAGAUGAAGUCAAUAUCCAAUGGAAGCAUAUUGUAGAGGCCCAUACAGAGAGCAAUAAGACAUGUCUUAGUGUCAAGAAGAAGAAUGCAAGCAAAGAAUGGAUACAGCAAGGAACUUGGAAUACUAUUGAAGAAUGGAGAGAAAUCAAGAAAAGACAGCUUGCAGCUAAGUCGAUACAGCUACAAGAGAAGUACGCAGAAGAUUACAGGGAAGCUUGCCAGAAAGUUAAAAGUGAAAGACUGGUCAGGAAGGACAAAAGAGAAACCAUGGAAAAGUUGGCAACUGAGGCAGAGGAGGCAGCUGCUAAGGGUGAACAAGGCAACGUAUACAAGAUCACAAGAAUAAUAUGUGGCAAGUUCCACGGAGGAAUGAGUGGACCAAUCAAAGACAAUGCUGACAAGCUGCUGACAAUCGAGAAGGAACAGGAAGCACGCUGCACAGAACACUUCAGGAAAGUCCUAAACCAACCUCCACCCGAGGACACCCCAGACAUACAGGAAGCUACCUUGGAUCUGGAUAUCAGCUCUGACCCACCACAGAAACACAAGAUUGUAAAAGCUGUUAAGAGCCUGAAAUCAAGAAAAUCUCCAGGAAAGGACAACCUGAAUGCAGAAUUGUUUAAAGCAGACCCAGAACUGACUGCCACCAUUCUUCAGCCACUAUUCAAAACCAUAUGGGAGGGAGAACAGAUCCCCGAGGACUGGAGCACUGGAGUCAUUGUUAAAGUACCAAAGAAAGGGGCUCUUAGAGACUGCCACAACUGGAGAGGUAUCACGUUGCUGUCAGUUCCCAGCAAGAUCCUGGCCAAGAUUAUUAUGAACCGGAUGUCGGAUGCCGUGGAAAACUGCUUAAGAAAAGAACAGGCAGGAUUCCGCAAAGAAAGAAAAUGCACAGAUCAGAUAUUUGCCCUCCGCAACAUAAUAAUAGAACAGUGCACGGAAUGGCAGAGACAACUUUAG